AUGCAGAAAUUUGAAGUUAGAGAAAUUAGUUGUUGGUAUUGUGGCAAGCGAGGCCAUGUCAAAAGAAAUUGUUGGUUUCUUGAGAAGGCUAAAAGGCAGCCAAAAGAUGAAGACACUGAUUCAGUCAUUGAAGAUUUUCUUGCAAAUUUAGACUUGGUGGAGAGUAAAAUUUUGCAAGAAAAAGUUAAAACAAAAUGCCAUGUUCAUUGGUGGGAUGGUUGGAAAAAGGAGGAGACUUCGGCUGAAGAAAAAGAGGGUUUGAAGUAUUCGUUGCUUGAAGAUUUUCUUGAUUCAACUGAAGAAGAGGAUGCUGAAGAGGAGGACGCUGAAUGUGGCAGAACUACUGUGGAUUACCCUUUCUGGAUUAAGAAGCCUGAUUGUGGAUACCCUGGUUUUCAAAUCAUAUGCAAGAAGGAUGAAGACACUGGAAAGAUGCCUCCGUUUCUUCCUGCCUUAGUCACUAAUAAUACUCACAGAAAAUUAAGAACGGCAUACUAUAAGAUUUGGGAGAUCGAUUAUUCUGGAUACAUGGUCAUUAAUUCGAUUUCUCUUAGAGCCUCUUCGUGUCCUGAAAGGGAAGAGGCAGAUGCAUUCGUGUCGUUUAAGUUACCUCCGGACGGGCUUUUCACUAUCUCCGUAUCCAACAUGUUUGUGGUUGCUGGUUGCUAUUUAUCCGACAUUGACAAAUGCAGACCUUCGAAUGACACUAGCGGUGGAAGCUUGAAUGAGUGCGUGGAACCAUCCAACGGAGGUGUAUGCCAUAAUUUGGCAGGAUCCGUCUCUUCAUUUGUGGCUAUCAAUUUAGUAGUGUCUGUCUGGGUUCGGCGGCUAAAGAAACGCAACUUGAAACUUGUGGAGGCCAAGUAUUUCCAACAGCUGCAACAAUACAUAGCAUCUACAGUGGGGAGAGAAAGCGUCACAAUGUUUUCUGACGAAGAAUUGGAAAAAGCUUCUGAUAAUUAUUCAAAUGAAAUGGUGUUGGGAAAGGUGGCUUCGGAACUGUAUUCAAAGGCAUUUUAUGGAAUGGGAUGCUGUUUGCCUUGGGUUUCACGUUUACAGAUUGCGAUGGAGACGGCGGAGGCUUUGGUAUAUCUGCAUUUUGGAGCAUCUCGACCCAUUUUCCAUCGGGAUGUAAAAUCGUCUAAUAUUAUUUUGAAUGAGACAUUUUCUCCCAAAGUUGCAGACUUUGGGAUUUCUCGUCUGAUAUCUGCUUCUAAUAACACACAUGUCACCACUAAUAAUAUAAUGGGCACAAAGGGUUACUUAGAUCCUGAAUACUUCCAAACAUAUCAACUCACUGACAAAAGUGAUGUAUACAGUUUUGGUGUUGUCCUGGUUGAGCUUAUAACAGGUCUGGAACCACUGAGUGUUGAAAGGAGCAGCGAUGAGUGGAGCUUAUCUACACUUUUUCUAAACAGAAUCAACCACAAUCGCCUCAGAGAAAUCUUAGAUAGAAAAGUGUUGGAGGAAGAAACCAUCCAACAGAUGGAAGCUACGGGAAGGUUAGCAAGGGAAUGCCUUCAUUCGGAAAGGAGGAAAAGAUCGUCGAUGAAGGAGGUCGCGGAGGAACUCUGA